ACACACACACACACACAAUGUGACUGAUACGUUUUUUAUAGUGCAGGUGGAGCUGAGGCGUCAACAUUUGAAACUGAAAGCUGGACUUCAAAUGCAGGUGAACAGUCAGACGAGUGAACAGUCAGACGAGUGAACAGUCAGACGAGCGACAGUCAGACAGGUACAGGUAAACAGACGUCGUGGUGAGCAGCAGGAGCCCCGGGUGUCGGUGGUUGAGGAUUUUUUGUUACGAUGACUCCUCCUCCUGUCCCAAAGCCUCGGAAUCUUUAUAUGAGGGACGGUCCAGGCUCUGCCUCCUCUCUGGACAAAAACCUGGUUGGUGAGAAUGACCUGCUACCUGCAUCCUCUAAUGGAGAUCACCUGAGCACAGGUGAUGAAGCCCCUCCUCUUCCUCCUCACAAUGGCGUCGUCUUCCCGACUCUGGCAGGCAUCACUGACAUCAUCGCCACCAACAUCCCGUCAUUGGCUGGAUUUGCAAACUUCAUCGGUGGCUCCUCCCCAGCCCCGACUGUCCCCCUGGCCCCGUCUGCCCCCCCCUCCAUAGACACCAUGGUGAACAGCAUAGCCACCAACAUACCUAGCUUAGCAGGAGCUGCUAGCACUGUUGCUAACCCAGCUGCUGUUACAAUGAACUCCUCCUCCACCAACACACCUUUAUCUGUACCUGAUUCUAAAAAAGGUGCUACUAACUUAGACAGCAUUGUUAGCUCUUUAGCUAACAUACCAAGUUUAGCAGGAAUUGUUAGCAGUGUGGCGAAUCCAGCUGACAGCUCCAUGAUGACCCAGGCCACGCCCUCAGCCCCGCCCCCUUCACUGCAGAGUAUUGCUGGAGACCCUAACACAGAUGUUGGGGCUCUGUCACAGCUGGUGAUAUCGACUUUAGACCAGAACUCAGGUGUCACAUUACCUCCGCUAGAGGGAGCUGCUGAACCCACAAAUGGAGGAAGGUGUCCUCCUUGUGUUGACCCCACAGCCAGUCUGAUUCCGAGAGGAGAGGAUCCGUAUGUCACCAUUAUGGCUUGUUGGGCGAGCCAGGACGAAAUUGAUACUGACUCUUCCAAUGAGGAAGAAGAUCCAGGAGUAAGCUCCGCCCACUCUGGCGCAGGCGGUCCAACAGAUGGAGAUCCUGCUGCCAUUACGGCUAACUCCAACAGCAACCCACUCAGUCCUUCAGGUCGUCUGAUCCCCACCCGGCCGGCCCCGCCUCCUCCCCUGCCUAUGUCAGGAAAGCCUCUGAAACAAAAGACCCCAAGAGCCGCCACCAUCAGAGUGUCCAGGAAGAAAGGAGGCAGCAAGGGCUCAACGCCACACAGUGCAGUGGUUCGAUCAAGCUGGCUGGACGUCUGGAAGGGCUUCAGACACAAUGUUUUAUGGGCAUCGUUGGAUGGACAGCUGAUGUCCCUGUGGAAAAAACGUACAGACCGUUUCAGUGAGCUGCUCUUUCAUGUCUCCAGUAUCACCAACAUAAAGAAACAGGAUAAAGGCAGAUUCUCGGUUUACUUCAGGAAGAAACAUUAUGACUUCAUGGCUCAUAGUGACGAGGUUCAUGAAGGCUGGGUCACAUCUCUGCUGGCAUCUCGAGGCCAGCCAAGUCCUGCCCCCCCAGAGCUGCAUGGACAAAUCACAAUCAAGGACCCACGGAGCCGAGUUUAUGCCGCACUAUGGGGUCAUGACCUCUGGAUUUACCCAAACAAGGAGGGCUUCCAGCUGGGCAUCGCCUCCUUCUCCAUCCCUCUGAACGUGGCCACCGUGAAAUCUACAGGAAAACACUCGUUUACCCUCAUCACUCCGUACAAGAGCUUCAACCUGUCAGUUGAUUCAUCAAAGGACCUGCCUGCCUGGUUGGAGGGUCUAUCCUCAUCUAUACGCAGUGCUCUUUCCUGCAGUCAUGUGGCGCUGCGUCUUUGGGAAAACCCGGACAACAAAGUGUGCGGUGACUGUGGCUCAGCCAAUCCUGAGUGGGCGUCAGUCAACCUUCUGCUGGUCGUCUGUCAAGCCUGUGCAGGUCAGCAUCGAGCUCUGGGCAGCAACCUGUCCAAGGUCCGCAGUCUGAAGAUGGACAACAAGGUGUGGACCGAACCACUCAUACAGCUGUUUGUUGCCUACGGUAACAGGCUGGCCAAUCAGGUGUGGGCUCCAGCGGUGCCGGCGUUGGAGCAGCUGCGUCCGGACUCGUCGGAUGAGGAGAGGUCCAGGUUCAUCCAGGAUAAAUACAGCAGGGGGCGCUACAAACGAGUCCACGCUCUGGCCUCGUCACGCCCUCUAAUGGAUCAGAGGCUACGUCAGGUGGUGUGUGGAGACGAUGUAGAAGAAACGAUGUCUCUGAUCUGCUCUGGAGCAAAGGUGUGUCAAUCAAACCCUCAAAGCCCCUCCCCCAUCCUGCUGGCUGAGAGAGCCAAUCAGGCUCUGCAGACCGAGCUGCUCCGCCUCAAUGAGUACACAGUGGUCCCGCCAUACCUGCCACAGUCGACUAAUAGGAGGCUUGACUACGCCCCCUCAGUUGAGGAAGAGGAGGAGGAGCUUCAUGGUAAACUGGAAGAAGAUCGUUUUCUGUUCUCGUUAGAAAACAACUCUGCAGCGUGCGACGUCCUCGACUUGCGAGAGGUUCUCUCUGUGUUCCUCAAAGAAGGAGAGGAUUAUCAGUUUCAGAUGGUGACACUCAGCGAUCAGCUGGUCUGUGCAGCUGACAACCAGGAGGUGCUGCUGAGUCACCUGAGCCACAUCUUGAAGGUGAUUCUCCCAGCGGGCAUCUCUUAUGCAGAGGUGGGAGGGGCUUCUGCUGCUAGCAAAGUGUCUGUUGUUGAAGUGGGUGAAGCCUCGUUUUUCUUUGAUGCCUGGUUGUUACUGUGGGAGGAGGGAGUCAGCAUUCAUCCUGUCAACAAACACAAGCAGCAGACUGUGAGGAUGGAACUGAGCACGCUCAGUAACCAUGAGAUGGAUCCAUCUGAAAACAUUAUCACCUUAGCAACCACAGACAGCAGGAGUGUGUCAGUGCGUUUUGAGGAGCAGCACAGCUGUCAGUCCUGGUUUGACCACCUGCAGAGAGCUCUGACCAAUCAGAAAGCAGCUCCACAGCAUCCUACAGCCAAUCACAGCUCAGCCCGUCCCUCUCUGUACCCAGUGAUGGACAUGGGCUGCAGGGGGUCAGUCCCCGCCGCCAUCGAACGCUGCAUCUCCCACGUCACUGCUCAUGGUCUGAAAGUGGAGGGCAUUUACCGGCGCUGUGGCAUCGCCACCAAAGUCAUCAGGUUAAUGGAGGCUCUUAUGACAUCACCUAGCUCCGCCCCUCUGGAGAGUGAUGAGCAAGGUGUGUUAGAUGCUGGCUCCGCCCUCAAACAAUAUGUCCGCCAGCAGCAGAGUCUAAUCCCUGACAAAGAGCUACAACAAUGGCAGCAUGCUGCAGCUGUUUCAGAUGAACUCUCCAGGUUUUCAGCCUACAGACGGUUGCUACGGCAUCUUCCUGAUGACAACCGAGCAACACUGAAUGCACUUUUUGGACACUUUUACAUGGUCCAGGUGUUCUCUCAGGUAAACAAGAUGUCUGCUCACAACCUGGCUGUGGUUUUGGUCCCCACUCUGUUUCAGACCAUGAACCAGGACCUUCUCCGUCUGACCCGAGAGUUCAUCAUCCACCACACACUGCUCUUCCUGACACCCGGAGGAGGGCAGAGACAGGAGGAGGAGGAGGAGGAGGAGGAGGAGGAGCAGAUCACAGCUUUAUAAAGAAAAGAGGAGGAGCAGAUCACAGCUUUAUAAAGAAAAGAGGAAGAGGGGUUUUUUAGUUAUUUUUUAUGAAUGGGGUAUCAGUUAAACUCAUGAUUGAACUUAUAUCUAUACAUAUAGCAGUGUAGUGUUUAUAUUAUUAAUCGUUUAAAGAAUAUUUUUUCUUAAUAAUAAUAAACUUUUUAUUAAAGCUCUGAACUGUAAAUCACUGUGUUGUGUUCUCACACAGUGCCCCCUACAGCCCACUGUAUCAACCUGCUGGCGUUUUAUCUGAGUUCAAUUAUUUAAAGUGAGAAAACAACCAAACUCUGUAUUCAUCCAAUCAAUAAAGUCUGUCAUCGACUCAACAGAAAGUUUUAUUUUCAUAUACACCUACGGGUGCUGAGACGGACAAACAAGUUGAACCAUCUCCAGAAAGUCAAAGAGGCGGAGGCAACCAUCAAAGUAUUUGUUGAACAGGAGAGAUUUAUUUGUCUGUGUAUUUCCGACCACUGAUUCAGUCCUUACAGCUCUGUCAAUAAAACUUUAUUAGUCGUGAACAAACUGA